AGCCGAACAGGAAGCUCAUCUGCUUAUCAGAACAGAAAGAGAACAAGGAAAGCUCUCUCUUUGAGGUGGACUGAAUCGUUGAGCCUUGAGGAGAAGAUCUUUUUGUAGCGUGGGAAAGGAGUGCCGAUUGCCACUUACUAAUGUCUUCAGAUGUGUCAGCUCCGUGGCACGACAGGGCGAGGGGCUUCUUUUCUUCAUCAGGUGGGAGACUCAAAGAAUCAGGGAAGAAUGCCGGAGCAUUUGUUGGCGAGGUAGCGAAGGAUGCCAAAGGCAAUGUUACUGAAAUUGCCGGAAGGGUUGGAUCAGCAGUGAAAAGCCGAUGGGUGCUCCUUCAGCAACCAUCAGUGAGACAUGCAGUCCAAGAGCGUCUCAUAGAAACUGCUGCCUCUACUGGCUCUUUUCUGAGGAAGGGUAUCACAGGCACUAAGGAUAAAGUUGUAGUUGGCAAGACAAAAGUCGAAGAGGUAGCAAAAAAGACUGCACAGAGAAGUAAAUCCAUUAUUACAGAUAUGGAAAGACGGCAGAAGGUAAAGAAUUAUGAGGCUGACCGCAUAAAUUACUCCCUCAUCCAUUCUGUGUAUUAACGGCAAGUUUCUGAUGUGUUUUCUUGCUGUCG